AUGAGCCCCGUCAAGCAUAAAAGGUCCUUAUCGUAAUUGACACGUUUCCGAGAUAAAUGACGUCAAAGUCAAAUGAUGACGUAUCAAUAUGGCCGCGCCCAGAUGUUGACAUGCAUCAAGGUUAAACGGAAGGAAAAACAGAAUAAUGGAUACAUUUGAGGAAUUGGAUGACUUGCUUUCGGUGUUUGGGUUAGGCGAACCACCCACACAUGCCUCACAAGAUCAGUCUUCCGGUAGAACAUCGCCGACUUUUGCUACUGAAACCUCACUAGAAGAGCGUGUUAACCGUUUCUUUAUAGCAGUGGCGGUUACAGAAGAGGCUUGCCAAGCAGACGACACAGAGGAUCAACAUGACGACCAUGUCCCUGUGACCAAUGAAUAUGAUCCUCAGAGUGAUAUAGAUGACGUCUCAACUAAAAUAAACACAGGUUGUCCUUGCAAAAGGAAUUGUUAUCUGAACUUUACUGUGGACCGAAUUCAGACGCAUAUUCUUAGCCUACGAGAGAUGUCCAAGAAUGAAAAAGAAAUGCUUCUAAUGGGGACAUUAAAACGGGUAGGUGACAAUUCCAGAUGUAAAAAUAAAGAAAGAACGCGACAAAGAUAUGACUAUUAUUUCGAUGGCAAAAAGAUCUGUCAAGAAGCAUUUUCAUUUAUAUUUGACACUAAACAUAAGACCCUAAGAAACAUUUUGGCACACAUGAAAGAACAUGGAACGGAACCGCGCGUUCAUGGUCACACAGGCAGACGAGCACCAAAUGCGUUUGCGCAAGACGUAAUUAGAAAUGCAAUCCAAUUUCUAAUCAACUACGCAAGUGAAGUCGGCCUUCCCCAGCCGGCAGCUCCCAGAGGUCGCAGUGAUGAACCUCCAAUAUAUUUGCCGUCGUCGGACACAAAGCUUUCAAUCCAUCAACAGUACAAAGAGGUGUGCAUAGAGAAUGACAAACUAUACGUUGGUUUAACAACAUUCAAAGACCUGUGGUCAACAUGUGUUCCGCAUAUAAAGAUAAGUUCACCAAUAGAAGAUGUGUGUCGCACUUGCGAAGAUUUUAGACAAGAAAUUAAACUUGCUAUGAGUGAAGAUGAUAAGUUGUCGGCGACAGGAAGAUAUCAAUCACAUAUUCUACAAGCUAGAAAGGAGAGGGAUGUGUACAAGAAAUGUGUAGAAAGGUCAGCUGAAAUGUUUAGGAAAAGACAAGAACUUGAUCCAUCUGCGGGAGACAAUUUUUCAAUGGACGAUAUACAUUAUACAUUUGACUUUUCCCAGUACGUCAAAUUGCCACAUCACUCCAGAGAAAACGGGCCGACAUAUUUUAUUCAGCCCGUCAAGGUACAGAUAUUUGGUUUCCGGGUAGAUGGUUGCUGUCAGUACAACUACCUAAUCAGUGAGAACGAAAUAUUAGGUCGUGAUGGACAGCUGGCUCACGGACCAGAUUCAGUUAUUUCCAUGUUAGACCAUGCGUUCCAUUCAUACGGAUCUGGUGAGAACGACUGUAGCAUUCAUGCUGACAAUUGUUUCGGUCAAAACAAGAAUCGUUACGUUCUGGCGUAUUUUGCCUGGAGAAUCAUGGUUGGAAAACACAGAAAUAUUACAUACAUGAUGCAGAUUCCCGGACAUACUCGGUGCUUGAUUGAUGCGGGAUUUGGAAACAUUAAAAAGUUAUACCGGAGAACAGACUGUGACACACCGCAACAUAUAGCUGAAGUAGUUGGAAAGUCGUCAGUCAGCAACUUUCCUGUAACUUAUGGUGCAGACGGAUGGAUAUGGCGGGCGUGGAAAGUAUUUCUGUCAGACAGAUUUAAAAAAGUUCCGAACAUAUCAAAAUACCACAGUUUCAGAUUCACCAUUGAACAACCCGGCGUCGUCUAUAUGAAAGAAAACGCAGACGAUAUAGAUGAAAUCCGAUUCAUCAUCUGUAAAACGCAUUACCUACCAAUGGAUGUCACCGAUAUUCCGGACGUACUGCCACCUGGCGGAUUGAGCAAAGAGAGACAGGAAUACUUGUUCCGGCACGUGAGACCACUUGUUAGGCAACCAUUUCAGGACAUACUUUGCCCGAUUCCUACUCAGACGGAAUAGAGUCGUUUAGUGUUUAGUUUAAUGCCAGUAUAGGUAAUAGCCGAGUUUUUGAAACGACGUGACAAUUUAGAGUAUUGCACAAAACUUUAAACGUUACCAUGGAAACAUAUAAUAAAUUAUUAAAGCAGCUAUUAAAAUUCAUCGGGAAAAGUGUUAUAAUUGAAGAUUAUUUCUGACAACUUAUUCAGAAUGAACUCAACUUUUAUGUUUACGUACCCGUUUUAAGAAGCAUUAUAUGGACGUUCAAAACAAAAACUACUGUGUUAUUGUUUAAUAUUUUCCAAAACCUGUGUAACUAUCGUAUGCAGUAAGUAAGCAGACUAGUUCUUUCUAGUAACGAAACUUUAGUGGUUUGCGUAACAUAUUCAAUAAUCGUACUGAAUUUGAAAUGUUCCGAAGGUCAUUCCUUGAAAGUCACAUUUUAGCGAUUUUUAGGAAACAAUAUCAUACCAUAGUGUUACCAUGGAAACGAUAAAUUCUUGGUAGUAACUAUUUGCUAUUAUUCUGUAAAAUCUGUGUGGAAGGGAAAGUUUCAAGUACAAUUGCCUUUAUAGAAUCAAUGAAAAGGAAACAGCUAAUGAAAUUCGAGUUGAAAAAUAUUUCAUAUAUGAUUAAUGUUCAUUACCACUGAUUGUUCUUCAUACUUCACUAGACAUAUAUUGUUUUCUAUACUUUGUUGUUUAAGUAAUAGCUUGAUGGGAUUGACUGAACAAAAAUGACAUGUUAAUGAAUUUUAGCGGUUUCUAAAUAUCACGUGCAGAAGUAUUAAUUAGUAGCUAUUUCGAGCCUUUUUAAAAUAUCAUUUUCGCUACUAUAUUUUAAAAAGAAAACAGUUGCCAUGGAAACAGUAGCUAUUGAUUCUGAUCAUUCUGUGUUUUACUCGAAUGUUCAGUUUACAUGACAAAGACAGUACAAGUCAAUAAUUUAAUAAUAUAAAUAUAUAUGUGUAUUAUUACGCAUAUAGAGAAACCGAUUGAAAGUUAUGAUAAAACUGAUUCAUCAACUUCUAAAUGCGAUAUCCAAAACCUAUGUUUUCCUGUUAAAAGGAAAUUAUUUUACAUGAAACACAUAUUUAUGCAAAAUAUAUCAUUUUCAAUGUAUUUGGGUGUCUUUUUUUUAGUGUGAGCAUUUCUUCUCGAUUUUAAUAUCACUGAUCUCCUAAAAAGAAUUUAAUUUGUUAAUUUUGUUAUUCGUUGCUAUGGCAACGAAAAUUACAAUAAUUUUUAUUCCAGUUGCAUCUUAUAGAUUAAAAGCUUCAUUUGUGUAUAUGCUGCCGAAUAUUCAAAUAGUUGAUUCCUACUUUUUAACUGCAGAUAAUAAGCUGAUGAACUCUGUAUACUGUUCAAAAUAAAUAACUCCGAAUGAGUACUUAUUGUUGCUUUUUUGUUUUAUUAUAUCAUGUCACAAAAUAUAGCAUAUUUCCAUAAUUACUGAAGAUAGACAACUGAAAUUUCGGUUUCUGAUACAAAAUUAAGCGUUCUUUCAGAAAAUGGAAAAAGUUAAAAAACAUAAAAAAAUACCAUAAGGACCUUUUAUGCUUGACG